AUGGAGGCCUAUCCCGAAGACUAUGUCGCCCACAAUCUGCCCUUCAUCGCCUUAGCUGGUCUUCCAGCCGCCGACUCGUCGACCAAUGCUGCGACAACAACUUCAGCCCAAGGCAGCGGCCUGAGCAUCUCGGACAACUCUCCUCCACUCUCUGGUCCCCAUGCCGACUCUAUUCUGGACGAGUUCCUGCGGGCCGACGGAGCUUCUCUGUCCUGGAGUGACCAGGCCUUGAGCGAUCGCGCUGGCUUGAUAGGCUUCAAAUUGUCCAGUGUCGGGAGGUCCUUUGUCUUCCCCUCCAGAAAGGCUGCCCCUCCGCCGAUAGUGCCCACGCAAUCUCCUCCUACAAGUCCCAAUCCCUCAUCAUCCACCAGCCAUGACCUUCACUCGCCUCUAUCGCCGCUAUCUCCUUCUUCUCCCGUCUUUCCUGACGGCCUCAUGACUCCUCUAUGGCUAGCCAAGCAUCAAUCUCGCAUUCCCGCCGUCUAUCUCUCUUUUCAAACUCUGGACUCAGACCCUUCCAACGAUGCCGCUCUCAAGAACCAUAUCAACGAUACGGGAAACGCCAUCGCCAAAUCUGGCUUCAAGACGAGAUACGCCGUCGUUCUCGUCUCGGAUGAUGCUGCUAUCUCACCUCUUGACUUUGAGGAACGUCUCGCCAAUAUCAGAAGAGCAACCUCCCUUGAUCCAAAGAUUUCGUGUUUCCACUUUGAUGUUUCGGACUCGCAGACGGAUCUGCCCAACUUCGUUUCCAGCGUUCUGAGAGCCUUGCAGCCUGUCUGCAUUGACUACUACAGAGACUUGACAAAGCAUUCAAGAAGGAAACGAGGUCGCGCUGCUCCUCCACCUAUAACCGCUGCAGCUAGCCGCGGCACAUCUCAGGUUUUGACUAUGAAUGGCUGGAACGUACGUUACGACUUCAAAAUGGCCGUGUUUGCCGAGUUCCGACAAGAGAUGGAUGUGGCUCAGAGACAUUACGAGUCUGCCCUGGAAGAACUGUUUGGUCCUGAAGGCAGCCUCGAACAUACACCAAGUUGGUCCGCUCGUUGGCAAGAAGCUCGCUUGCUUUGCGAUAUCAUCGCUUUCCGUGUCCUGCGUUGUCAAAUAUGGAGGGGCAUGACCUCCGGUGCUGCGGAAUCUUGGUACAACUACAAGGAGCGCAUGCGAGACCUGAUCGAUCGCCGUGGAAAGGGCACAGACAACAGCUACGGCUGGGAAGCAUGGGAAGCUCGCUGGGCCAAAAUGAUGGCCCAACUUAUCGAGAUGGCCGAUUUACCUGUCUUCAAACCAGUGGACCUCUCCGACCCUGAAGAUCAGACAGCCGGUCCUACCAUAUACGCUCCGGCAGAGAAGAUGUACGCAACCCUGGAUCGUAUGAUGCCUUUCCACUUACUUCACCACCCGGGCUACUGGUGGAGACUGGCAUGCAAGCAUCUCAUGGCACGCAAGAGAAAUGCAGAAGCUAUACCACAGGAGGAUAGAACACUCCCGAGCGAGACUACCGCAGCCCAACUUGCGAGUAGAACCAGGACUUACGAUACAUAUAUGGUUCCUCAACCUCAUGAAGAGGCGCCUUUGACUGAUCACAGCACUUACGACUACUUGCUGGAUCUGCAGAGCCAAACUGAACGAGUCGAAAGCAUCAUGUCUAAUAGAGGCCAAUUAAGAGCAGUUCAGCAAGUCAAGAUCGAUCUCGCGCGUGAGUUUCACAAGGCCGAACGAUAUGACGAAGUACUGCAGACAAUACAACCAGUAUGGGAGAGCAUGAUCUGGAGACGUGAGAAGUGGUUUGAUCUAGCAAUAGAAGUUCUGGAGUUAAUCUACGAUUCUGCUGAAAGAACAGGCAAUUCUAAGCUCCAGGCCGAGAGUGCCUGGGAGCUCGCAUAUCAGCGCAAGUAUCCCCACCCCACUCUCAGAUCUCAAAAAAGCAUCGACAUAUUGCAGUGCUUGUCAAGCGCUGGUAGUAAUGACGAUCCUACGCAUAUCCUGUUGAAUACCCAGUCUAGAUUCUCCCAAGUCUCCGUUACGUUUUCGUUCCUGUCAGGUGAGGGCUUCGUUGGAGACACUGCUGUCUGCCAAGUUGCAGUCGUCUUUAACGGAUCAGCACGCGCAAGCAACCUGACCUUGCAUGAGCUUCGUGUUCAGUUCAAUACGAAUAUCAGAAGCUUGGUGCUCAACCACUCUGACAACGCCGGCCCGUCUUUGUCGACGAACUUGAAAGUGCAAGAGGAGCAUGACGCAGCACAUCCCAUGGCAAAGGGCUUACUGACAAACGCCAAUCUAACAUUCAAGCCUGGUCAACUUCGGGUAUUCAACUUGACGAUCCCGCUUCGCGAUCCAGAUUCAUUUGUUGCCACUGGUGCCUCGUUGGUACUCAAAGCAUCUGGUGCCACGCUCGAACACGUCCUUGGUCGUCCAACCGACAUAAGUUCUUCGAACUGGUGGCUACUAUCAGAGGAAAAGCUUUUGAGAAAACAGAUACCCCGAGCAGAGCCAAACACCAUCCAGGUACUGCCGAAACCACCUAAGGUACAGCUGCGUAUAACAAAUCUCAGAGAGCAGUACUUUGUCAGCGAGAAAGUAGCUCUGGAGAUUCAGAUUCUCAACGAGGAAGCAGAGGAGGUCAAUGCCUUCAUACGUGCCGAAGGACAAGACAACUCAGAUGUCCGUCUAGAACUUGCUUGGAAGGACAACAGAAAUGAAGCCAAGGACAUGGAUCUGACCAACCUCCAGAUUGGAAAGAUCUCGGUCAAUGAAGCGAAGUCCCACGUCCUCGAGUUUAUGGCUCCGCUCGACCUUUCAGAAUACACGUUGAGACUGGAAGUCAACUAUCGUCUGGCCUCUGACUCGGAAACACCUGUCAUGAAGACAUUGGAGUCAGUGAUACCCUUCGUUAGUCCCUUCGAGGCCAAUUAUGACUUCGGACCACGCCUCCAUACAGGAGCAUACCCAAAUUACUUCAGCCUACCAGAUCUUUCCGAGGAUGAUAAGGAGCAGUCGAAGCCAGCACGAGGCAUGGCACAAAGAUGGUGUUUGACCAGUCGUGUAGUGUCUUUCUCUAGCGAACCUUUGCUGGUCGAGGCAACACGACUGGUUGUCAACAAAGUCACCAGCAAUGCCAUAUGUGACGUCGAGGAGUCUCCUAAAUCACAGACGGCGUCACGCAGCAUGAGCUUGAAGGACAUGAUGGAUGUUCCUCACAUCCUGGAAGUGCGUAAAUUGACGCUCGAAGAUCGACGUCCUUCGGCGUUGGAACUGUCUUUGGCGGUCACAUGGCGUAGAGAAGGUGCUGGCGAGCACAACACGACUACUACCAUGCUUGCAGUCCCUAGCAUGACCAUUCCAUCUGCCGAGCCCCGGGUGCUAUGUACGGCGAGCGUUCCUGCCAACACAGAAGAUGAGGCCAUCACUGUCUCAUACACACUGGAGAACCCGUCGAUGCACUUCUUGACGUUCAACCUGACCAUGGAAGCGAACGAAUCGUUUGCUUUCAGCGGAUCAAAGCAUCGGGCUGUAAGCUUGACUCCUAUGAGUCGCCUCCAAGUCGAUUACAGACUAUUUGUAUAUGCUGUCGAGGACGAUGCUUUGACCGAACGUCACGGUCAGAAGGGACAUUGGGUUUGGCCAGCACUCAGAGUGGUGGAUGCAUACUUUCACAAGACACUCAGAGUGUUGGACGCUGGGGACGGUGUUCAGAGUGACGACAGGGGUGGCGUGGGCAUUUGGAUAGCCAGAUAG